AUGAAUCGUCACCUGUGUGCUUGGCUUUUUAGACUUUCAUCUCGUAAUGGUUACCACCAGUGCCACAUCCACCCCCAGUCUCAUCAGUUUACACAGAGACAUUUUGAUACAAGACUGUGGGUUUUUAGACAAAACAGGCAUCCCGUUCUCCAUCAUCUAUUAAAUAAGAAUUGUCCCAGGAGAUAUUGUCAUCAAGACACCAGGAUGCUGUGGAAGCAUAAAGCACUACAGAAAUAUAUGGAGGACCUGAGUAAGGAGCACCGUAUGCUUGAUCAGUGUUUGCAGCGAGUGUCUCUGAAUGAAGGGGACCGAAGAGCCUUGAAUAGAAGGCAUGCCGAGUUGGCACCACUCGCAGCCAUUUACCAAGAAAUUCAGGAGGCUGAGCAAGCAAUUGAAGAAUUAGAUUCAAUGUGUAGAAAUCUAAAUCAACAAGAUGAAAAGCAGUUACAAGAACUUGCAUUGGAAGAGAGACAAACCAUGGUUCAAAAAAUCAAUAUGUUAUACAGUGAGCUUUUCCAGAGUCUAGUGCCAAAGGAGAAAUAUGACAAAAAUGACGUUCUUUUAGAGGUGACAUCUGGAAGAACUACUGGAGGUGAUAUCUGCCAGCAGUUUACCCGGGAAAUAUUUGAUAUGUACCAGAAUUAUUCAAGCUAUAAAAACUGGAAAUUUGAACUUCUGAAUUAUACACCAGCUGAUUACGGUGGGCUACAUCAUGCAGCUGCCCGAAUUUCUGGUGACAGUGUAUAUAAGCAUUUGAAGUAUGAAGGUGGGAUUCACCGAGUUCAACGAAUCCCCGAGGUGGGCCUGUCAUCAAGAAUGCAGCGUAUUCACACAGGAACCAUGUCAGUCAUUGUCCUCCCUCAACCAGAUGAGGUAGAUGUGAAAAUAGACCCCAAGGAUUUGCGAAUAGAUACAUUUCGAGCCAAAGGAGCAGGAGGUCAGCAUGUUAAUACAACUGAUAGUGCUGUCAGACUCGUCCAUGUCCCCACAGGGCUUGUAGUAGAAUGCCAACAAGAACGAUCACAGAUAAAAAAUAAAGAGAUAGCUUUGCGUGUGUUGAGAGCUAGACUCUACCAGCAGAUUAUUGAGAAAGACAAAUGUCAGCAACAAAGUACUAGAAAACUGCAGGUGGGAACAAGAGCCCAGUCAGAGAGAAUUCGGACAUAUAAUUUCACCCAGGAUAGAGUCACUGACCACAGGAUAGCAUAUGAAGUUCGUGAUAUUAAGGAAUUUUUAUGUGGAGAGAAGCAUCUGGAUCAGCUAAUUCAAAGACUACUUCAUUCAGCAGACGAAGAAGCCAUUACUGAAUUUUUGGAUGAAAACCUUAAAUCAGCAAAAUAA